GAAAAAUAUUCUGUUUGAGUUAUAACAAAAUGAAAUUGUGAAUGAAUACUGAAAAAUACGAACGGAUUAUGUCCUUCUUUCUACUUUUUGUUUUUUUCAGUGCAAUACUUAGAGAGGUUGCGGCUGACAGCUUUGGUUGUGAACUCCCCAAUGCCAUAGAAAACGGCAAAAUACGGGAAUUUUAUGUCAAAGGACGAAAACACUUUUUAGUCACUUGCCUACCGAGCUAUAAUUUAGAUGGACUGCGUAUGGGAAGGUGUAUAAAUGACAAAUGGAAUGUCCAGUUUCCUCGCUGUAAUAAAAAUCAAGAAAAUUUGUGCAAAAAUUUGAAACCUCCUGUUUAUGGGAAAAAAUCUUGUUCCAAUGGAGUGGCACACAUCGGUUCGUCUUGUUCUUUUGAGUGUUCAAAGAGUUAUGUUCUAAAAGGAUCCCGAGAAAGAAUUUGCCAAGGAAAUUUAGAAUGGUCAGGAAAAGAGACUUACUGCGUGCCGAAAACAGUUGAUGAUUACGGUAGAGCGAUUGGGCGACUCCAUCCCUGCUUGAACAGUCGAUGUGAACAGAGAUGUCAGACUACGGAAAACGGCUAUAAAUGCUCAUGUGAACCUGGCUACGAGCUAAUUGAUGAUCACAAAUGCAAAGAUAUUGAUGAAUGUGCUAACAAGGAUAGUAAUUCAUGUCAGCAGUUUUGUCACAACACACCAGGAAGUUUCAAGUGUUCUUGCUUACCAGGUUUCGUAUUGACUGAUGGUACAAAGUGUGAAGACAUUGAUGAGUGCGCAAUUGAGGGGAAAAAUCCGUGUCAGCACUUCUGUCAUAACACGUUGGGAAGUUUCGAAUGUUCGUGCUCACCUGGUUAUAUUUUGGUUUAUGAUACAAAGUGUGAAGGAUGCAGGAAAAAUUCUUACUGGUCGGAUGAAUAUAAUACUUGCUUUGAAUGUCCCAGAAACUCGUAUACGGAAACGAAUGGCAAAACCUCAAUUUUCGAUUGCAGAUGCCGUUCUGGAUUCGAGGGAGAUCCUUCACGAAAUAUUCCAUGCCUAGAUAUUGAUGAAUGUGCUGUACAGAAUUUUGGUUGUUCUGACAAAUGUAUCAACACAGCCGGAAGUGCUUACUGUUCCUGUGCUCUUGGAUAUGAACUUCAAUCAGAUAAUAAAACUUGUUCUGAUAUCAAUGAAUGUGAGAUUAACAACGGAGGUUGUCAAGACAAGUGCCUCAACUCAAUAGGAAGUUACAGUUGCAGCUGUGGAAGUGGAUAUAUUGUCUCAAAAACGAAUCAAUAUUUAUGUGAUGACAUUGACGAGUGUGCAGUAGAAAACGGAGGAUGUUCUGAAAUUUGCGUUAAUUUUCCUGGAGGUUAUUUUUGUUCUUGUAAGACUGGAUUUCGAUUGAACCGCACUGAAAAAAACUGUAAAGCAAUUACUUGUCCCAACGUACCGACGCCGCAUUUCGCCCAAAAACGUUGCAAGACUGGAAGUAAUAGAUUAAGCAAUGGAAAAUACUAUCCUGUAAACACUACUUGCAGCUUCAGUUGUUUAAAAGGUUUCAAGGAAAAUUUCAGAGGAGUUAUACAAUGCGAGGAAGACGGACAAUGGAGUGGAAUAGUUCCCAAAUGCAUUGCUUUGUCCUGUCCUCCUCUGGAAGCUCCUGAACACGGCAAUAUUCACCCAAAAUCUUGUCUCAAAGGAAUUUCGUCCGUAAAAGAGAAGUGUACAUAUACUUGCAACCCCGGCUACAGAUUAAAAUACAAGACUCCCGUCGUCAGAUGUCGCAACAAUCUUACUUGGUCGGGCUCAAAUGAAUCCGCUAUAUGUGUGCGAAUAAAAACCGAUCCAUUUAUUUCAUGCCCAAAUGAUAUUAGAGUCGACCUGCAGCCUCUGGAAAACUCCACAAGCGUAACUGUGCCUGAACCGGAUACUGACUGGAAAGACUUGGAUGUCAUACCGCAGUGGGUGUCUGUUGGUAAACCUACAAUCUUUCCGGCUGGAAAAACGGAUGUCAUAUUUUCUAUCAAGAAUGAGCAUAAGAAAAAGAUUUCGGAAUGCAUUCUUACUGUAAAUGUUGUAGAUAAUGAUCCGCCAGUAUUUUACCAGUGCCCAGAUUCAUUUGAAGUAAAGAAUGCCAGUGCAUAUGGAGUGCCUGUCACGUGGGAAGAACCGGUUAUCUUUGAUAAUGUUGGAAUCAAGUCCAUUGAAAGCAAUGUGAGACAAAAUACAACUCUAGCGCCAGGGAUCCACACAGUUGAAUAUAUAGCGAGAGAUGAAGCUGGAAAUAUCGCUACUUGUUCUUUUCAAAUCAACGUUACUACCAAUUAUUGUAGUGAUAUGGAAGAUCCUCUAAACGGUAAAGCCAACUGCAUAGAUUGGAUGUUUGGCAAAAUGUGCGAGCCAACGUGCAACGACGGUUACUGGCAAGAUCCGGAAGAGCAGUACUACAUGUGCAAUGAAUCUGGAAUCUGGCACCCUAGGGAUUUUAUUAAACCAUGCUUGAAAUUCUAUGAUUUAAAGAACUCUACUUGUGAAGCUGGGUUCCAGUUAUUAAAUACCAAAGAAGGAUCAAUAUGCAUUGAAUGCCCUAAAGGUUACACUUGCAACAGGGACGACGUUCGAGAGAAAGGAAAUUGAUCGAUGAAAAAUAUAAAAAAAUGAAUGAAUGGCUACCGUAAGCAAUGUCUUUUACCUGCAUUAAAUAAUAAAAAUGUUGG